AUGCCGUCGUCAAGGUACGAGUACAACCUCGACAGCAGCUUCAGCGGAAGCGACGUCACAUAUCCCGGCAUGGAGCCGCAGCUCUCACCACCGGGCUCCUUCACGAUCGAGGACUGCCCCGAGCUCUCCCAGCCGCCCAUGCCCGCCGAUCUCAGCUACGACCUCCACAACAUGGUCGCUUGGAUCCGGGGCGGCGCCAGCGAGCCCAUGACCCCGUCCGGCUACCUGCCAGACUACUACACCCCGCUGGAGGACGGGUAUUUCUUCGCCAAAAACGACGUGCCCACGACGCCCAGCAUUCUCUCCACGCCUACGCACGACCGCAAGUUCCGCGACUGCCUCAGCCCGGUCCACUUCUCGGCGUCGGCCGUGACGCCUCCGCGAUUCUCCAUGCACAGCGUCUCGCCCUGGCCCGCGCUGGACUCGUCCCCAUUCGCCGUCACGCCCGCAGACAUGCACUCGGACACAGAGGCGUCCGAGUCGCCGUCGUCGUGGAACUACAGCAGCCAGAGCUUCCUCUCGCCCUACACGUCCCAGACCGCCGCCUCCGAGUUUUCCGACCCCGACAGCCUGGGCAUGGCCUCGCGUUCGAGCUUGCCACUCGCAACGACCUCCUACCCCGAGACGCCGGAGAGCAAGCCGCUCCCGUCGCAAAGGGAGAAGGCGCUCCAGGAGAUCCAGCACAAGACUGCCAUGCUGCAGUACUCCCAGAACCAAGGCUCGUCAAGCACCGAGCCCGGCGCCGCCAAGGAGGUUGCCACCAUUGACGUCGUCCAACAGCGCAAGAGCAAGUGCGACGUCUCUGGGUGCAACAAGGUGUUUUGCCGCACCGAGCACCUGAAACGCCACAAGAAAACCCACCACGGACUCGGCCUUAACCGCUUCGCCUGUGAAUUCUGCGGCAAGAACCAGUUCAAUCGUCGGGACAACCUAAACAGCCACCGCAAGCUCCACGCUAGGCCUAGCAGGAAGAACCGUGGCGUCAUGUUUGUCCCCGCAGCAAUGACGAUACUCGAGCAGGAGCGGCGCAGCCGCAAAACCAAGGCGCCGUCAAAACCAAAAGACAAGCCGGUGGAGAAGGACGAGCUGUGUCUGAAAAGGAGCCCUUCGUUUGUCUGA